CGGUGUCACAUCACGCUUGUCAUUCAUCACACAUUACAACCAGUUCGGCUUAUCCAAGCCAACGCAUCCAUCCAUCCAUGCAGCAAGUCACACAUCACAUUCCACCACCACCACCAACAACAACCAAACAACCGUUGCAAGAAGCAACCAACAGUGGCCAUGGAGGGGGUUGUCAGUAGCAGGGAUGUUGACGAUGGUGGCGAUGGUGAUGAUGACCUUGUUGUGGUGAGCAGUGGUAGCUGGGUGUGCGACCUCUCUGCCACAGAUGAUGUAAAUGACGAUGACGACGAUGACGACGAUGACGACGGAGAAGGGGUGCCGUUGCUGUCGCUGGCGGAGCGGCUGGCCCAGCGUCGGCCAUCGCUCAUGGCGCAGCACACGGGGUCUGCCGCCAACAAAGUGUGCUCGGGCCUGCAGCUGGAUCUGGGCGAUGCAAGCACAGCGGCCACGUCUCCGCACCCGCUACGACGGCGACAGCAGCGGCGGCAGCAUCAACGUCAGCCCGGCAGCCGUGAGGCCAGAGGCACAGCAGUUGUGGACGGAGGCGGUGACACUGAACCAGACAACAGCAGCGACGACGACGGUCACGGCAGUGAUAGCGAUAGCUUACCGAGCACGCAGCUAGCCGUCGGAACAGCAAAGCACAGCUACAACGAGAGUGCCGACGACAAUGGCUUUGGCAGCAGAGAAGUGGCUGUACGUGUCAACGCACGCAAGAAGGCUAAGGUGGGGACGACAACGCAGGCAGAGCCGUCGCGGAGCAGCAGCGGGGACCAAGCGCAAACAAUGACGCGACGGGAGCAGCAAGCUCUGGCGAAGGAGCAGCGAAAGCGCGAGCGAGAGCAGAGGAAGAAGCAGAAGGAACACAGCACUGCGGUGCGCAAGCUUGUGCGUGCCACGUCCAAGAAGAAAGAUGUGGCUGCUCACCUCGCCACCAUGAGGUGCCACAUCUCUUCUGCGCUGCUCAAGGAUCGCGCACGGUCGGCGCUGCGGGAAACGCUGUCGCAACACGAUGUCACCAUCGUGGAGGAGCACGACGGUCCACUGGCCGCGUUGGGCCGUACAGUGUGGUGGCAGCGCAGGCGCGAUUCUGUGGACACACAGCAGGCCCAAGUUGUGUCCACCCUCGAAGACGAGCCACACUUGCUCGUCCUGGUGUCAGGGAAGGAGCUGGUUACUCUCAUUGACAAGGAGAGCGGCUUGAAGGACUUUAUUGCUUCCAUCAAGGCCGUCAUUGACCCGACAUGGAAGAUCACGCUUGUGAUUGAAGGGCUGGAACGCUUCUUCCGUGCGCAGGACAGCAAGGAGCACCGCGCAUUCGUUGCACAUGUGCACGGCGGUGAGAGCGGCGGUGGGAGGUCGGCGAAGCGGCCCAGCAGAUCCGCCCGGCCCAGCAGAUCCGCCCGCAACAGCGCACCCAGCACCAGCGUCACACGCGUCAUCGCCGAGCACGUGCUGGUGUGGCUGCAGAUGGAUGCAGAGGUGUAUCCCCGACUCACUACGUCUCCGUCAGAGACAGCAGACCUCCUCCUCCGGAUGACAAAGAUGGUCCCGCGCGGGCGCCGGCAGCGCAUUGGCCGCGCAAUUGCUGCCAGAAUGCUCAAGUUCUUCACCGCCACAGACCCGGACCAGCCGCUCGCAUAG